AUGUCACCUGUUUAUCCGGGCGAGACGUGUGGUAGUUGGUUAUCGUCUGUCAUUCAAGUCUUCAGCGACAGGUCUGAGCCAUCUUCCCAGUCGACGGUUCCACCGACGACGGCCAAGAGACGGUUAGGUACUUUGCACCCCGUUGGCAUCAGUGCUAGAGUGGAUAGAGUCUCACCACGAGAAUACGUCGAAGCCAUUAAAUUUUACUCUAAAGAGACCAUUCAAGACACGCUGUACCCGGGAAACAUCUUCGAGGAUCUGGGUCUCUACCUGAAAUCUGGGGUACAGAAUUUCGGACCAUCGAGCAACAUCCAAGGGACCUUGCACACCAUCCACAAACAGGGGGGACGCAGUCUUGAUGUGUACUCUGAUCCCCUGCGAUGUGCCCUAAAGCUAGAAGAGGAUCUGGAAAAUAUCAUAACGCUUCGAUUCGUCACCCUAGGAUCGAGAGAACAGAGAUCUGGCAGGUGCGACCAAGCGCGAGUCGACGCAUUGAGGCUGGAUGGGGAGAAUGACAUGGACAGAUAUGAGCAUGAUCUUCUGUUAGGCAGCGGACUUGAAGCUGGAGACUCUAUAGUCAGAUCAUUUUCGGUUCUAGAUGAGAAGAAUUUUGUUAUUGAGCAGGAAAUGUCUAUAUGUAUCCAUAAAUACGGGGAAGGCUGGAUAAUAGCUAUCGACGCCGGCAGCGAUCUUUCGAAUGGGCCACAGGGGCCAUGGAUAACACCAGAAGAUCGUCGUUCAUCCUCACCUUGGACGAUUUUCGCCCCAACUAUCCGGCAAAAUCCUAAGAUCUGGAUGAAGUCAAAUCCGGCAAAAUCUGCCGCUUCGACCAGAUUUCAAGAAAAGUUUCCACAAAGCGCCCGAUUAUUAGCACAGUCUAGUGGUGAGGCUCUGGACACGCAGACAAUGGUUCUUGAUCCGUUCUAUGCUAUCACUGAUCUUUUCCAGUUUUGUGCAUAUUCAGAGAACCAAUUCAUGAACUUGAUGGAAGCGAAGAUUAAGGAUGACACAAAUCACAAUUCACUGAGGAGAGAGAAUCCAACAUUGUCAAAUCUUUUAUAUUGUCAAGAAAUUGUUCAAAAGCACUUGACCCAUCUCCGGAAGACGGUGAAGAUCAUUGAAUGCUCAGGUGGUCCCUUGUGGCCACACGUUGAGAAAAUCCAUCCGCACCAAUACCAAAAGGCACAUAGAGCCAAAGACACAUUGUUGAAGGACUAUGAGCAGUUGGUUGAGCGAGCAGAAGUCAUCCUCGAACGCUGCUCGAAAGGAAUGGAUGUCAUCAUGAGCAAUGUCAUGCUGGCGGAGUCUAAAAGAGCUAUACUACAAGCACAAUCAGUCGCAAAGUUGACCUUGAUCGCGUUCUUCUACAUCCCACUAUCGUUUACCUGUUCGUUUUUCAGUAUGGAUAUUGUGAGCUUUGAGAAGACAAUUGGCCAGAUCUGGAUUUGGUUCGCUGUGUCUGUACCCGUGCUUCUAAUCUCAAUCUCAUUCCUUUCUUUAGAUCGUCUCAAAUUGGGGAGAGCUUGGUUGACAGUCAAGAGCGUCGGGCGUGGAGCCGAGAAAGUGAAGUAA